ACUGUUUGGGUUACAAGCAUUUUUCGAAAUAUCAUAAUAGUUGGAACAAUUCGAUAUGACAGAAGUUUUAUUUCGGGGUGAACUGUCCCUUUAAGUGAUGUUCAUUCAGAAAUGGUUAUGUAUUUUAUGCCAUGAUGUAUUGCUUUUAAAGGUUUCUUUUAAUCUCCUUUUAUCUGUUAGGGAAUCAAAACAAUAGGAAGAUGUUUAUGACAUGGUUUUGCAUGUGUUGACAGAGUGGCACGAUGUUCAUUUUCUUAUGAAAAUGUAUUCAUAAGAUGCUCUCAUCAUAUUCUGUUUAAGCAAAGGGAGAACACACUCGGACAUGUGCAUCAAAAAUGUGCAAAUGCUUGUUUUCCAUACAAAGAGGCUAAAACGUGCAAAUCAUGUUUUUAUGAAAGCAACCCCAUGUUCCCUGGGGUCUCUGGACUGCUCCAUAGAAACUAUCGGAUGACUUGAGUUUUUACGAUUCGCUCCCUGUAAACAAGAUGUGCAUCUCUAGCAUGUCUUCAGCUGACCCAAAGGCCAAAACAUCAUCCGUGGGGCCAUGCAAAGGACAGACACCUCAUAACCAGAACUACAUACACUACCUCUCCAGGACAUUGACUGCAGAUACAGAAACAGAGAUCUCCAUCAGAUAUACUGUAGAGCAAGACAGAAGAUAUGAGGAUAUACUGUGAAAAAGGGGCAGCGAUGGGAGAGGCGGUGACCGAUCUCAUGCGCAUGAAGAACAGGUCGGAUCAGAAAAGCCCACAGACGCCAGUUCAUCGCCCACACAUCACCUGCAGCCACUUCACUAAAUUCUCUUCUGAAAAGCAACUCAUGGAUGCAAUAUUCAUUGUUGGUGGCUGGACCCAAACAGCUCCGUUAUGUGCCGUCGAGCGGUUUUCUUCUUUCUAUAAUGAAUGGAGAGCGAUGGCCCCAAUGCCGAAGCGCCGUGGAGGUGUCGCUGUCUGCUCAUUGGGUGGAAUGAUCUUCACCGUGGGCGGACGCGAUGAUGUAACCUGUGUGAGAAGUGUGGAAAAGUAUGACCCAAACACAAAUGUGUGGAGCAGUGAGGUGGCGUCUCUCAGCAGCCCCCGCAGUGGUGUGUGUGUUGUGGAGAUGGAUGGCUUCAUGUAUGCCCUCGGGGGGUUCGACGGAAUGACCUGCACCAACAUCGUGGAGAGGUAUGACCCUGUCAUGGACACCUGGACAAAGAUGACCCCGAUGCACCAGCAGCGUUCUGGAGCGGCCGCCGCAGUGCUGGACGGGUAUUUAUAUGUGCUGGGAGGCACUGAUGGAGACGUGCCAUUGACUUCAGUUGAGCGCUUUAACCCUCUGGAAGGGACGUGGCAGCCGUGUGUACCCAUGCGCACUGCCAGAGAGCAGCCAGGUUGCGCUGUAUACCUAGGACGGAUCUACGUGUCGGGCGGCAGAGAUGAAUUACUUCUGGAGCUCAGCACCGCAGAGAAGUUUGAUACUGACACCCUCAGAUGGACACCAGUCAAACGCAUGACACACAAACGCUAUCAAGUCUCACUGGCCGUAUUUGGGGGCAUUCUGCUGGCAGUAGGGGGCUCAGAUGGGACGUCAACCCUUAGAACAAUCGAAGCUUAUAACCCAGACUCAAAUACCUGGAGACACUUUGGGUGUGUGAAGAUCUAGCAUACUGGAGGUGGGGUUGUCUUGUUGAAAACACAGAAUAAGGAUUUGCUCUAAAUAACUACUUUAUUUAAUUUGGUUUGCUGUCUAGAUAAAUGUCACAAUUAGAAGGUAUUAUCGCUGAUGGCGGUAAGUUGUGUUAGGUUGUAAAAUUUGAUGAUGAGCUGUGAGUGGUGUAGCUAACAGAUGACAUCCUGUGGGGAAGAUAAAGUUCUGUUUACAAACAUAAACUUCAAUGCAAAAUGGAUACAGAUUCCAAGUGACUUAUAAUGGACAAUGCUAAUGGAUAGUCCCGCUGGAGCAUUUGAGAGUACAGUAAGAUGCGCUGUUUAAAAACACUGUAGUGAAAGGAGUUUCUAAUACCUCUCCAGUCAACGUGAACUGAACUUAACCAGCAUAAAUAUAGAGUGCAUUCAUAUCCAUACAUUGAACAUAAAAUCAUUAGUUUUGGCAUGUGUUAGAUGUAAACGUUUUUUUUUUUACUGUGAUAACAUUACCUAGCCUUAUCUGUGUGAUUUACAAAUGUACGACUGUGCAUUAUUCAUUAGAAUUUC